CUGAGCCCCCGGCCCGCUAGCGCUGGCAGCCGCGGCUGCGGCCGAGCCAGCCGGGACGAGGAGGGGCCGAGCCGCGGGGGAUCCUGGACGCCUCUCGGGGCGGUGGGGAUUCUGGGAGGAACACUGCAUUUCCUCCUUCCCACCGGCUUCCCCUCCGGCCCGGCACCCCAAGUCCGCAGGGGUCACCUCGCGGCGCAAACAUGCUGGGCAUGUACGUGCCGGACAGGUUCUCCCUGAAGUCCUCCGGGGUUCAGGACGGGAUGGGGCUCUACACGGCCCGCAGAGUGCGAAAGGGUGAGAAGUUUGGACCCUUUGCUGGAGAGAAGAGGAUGCCUGAAGACUUGGAUGAAAAUAUGGACUACAGGCUGAUGUGGGAGGUUCGUGGGAGUAAAGGAGAGGUUCUGUACAUUUUGGAUGCUACCAACCCACGGCACUCUAACUGGCUUCGCCUUGUUCAUGAGGCACCAUCUCAGGAGCAGAAGAAUUUGGCUGCCAUUCAAGAAGGCGAAAACAUUUUCUACUUGGCAGUGGAAGAUAUAGAAACAGAUACAGAGCUUCUGAUCGGCUACUUGGACAGUGACAUGGAGGCGGAGGAGGAGGAGGAGCAGCAGAUUGUGACAGUGGUCAAAGAAGGGGAAGAUGAAAAUUCUCAGGGGCAAUCAGCAGCUGGCAUAAAAGAUGCCCUCUGCUGUGCAGAGGACUAUGCCUGCCCACAGUGUGACUCAAGCUUCACCAGCGAGGACAUUCUUGCUGAGCAUCUCCAGACGCUGCACCAGAAGCCCACAGAGGAGAAGGAAUUUAAGUGCAAGAACUGCGGGAAGAAGUUCCCAGUUAAGCAGGCUUUGCAAAGACAUGGUCUUCAGUGCACAGCGCAAAGCAGUCGGAAGGAUUCUUCACGGAGUUUUCAGUGCUCUUUUUGCAAUUCCUCCUUCAGUUCAGCAUUGAGUUUUGAGCAGCACCAAGAGACCUGCCGGGGGGAUGCCAGGUUCGUGUGCAAGGCUGACAGCUGUGGGAAGAGGUUGAAGAGUGGGGAUGCCCUGAAAAGACACCAGGAAAAUGUCCACACUGGAGAUACUAAGAAAAAACUCAUAUGUUCAGUGUGCAAUAAAAAGUGUUCCUCACCGUCAAGCCUACAGGAACAUAGAAAGAUUCAUGAGAUAUUUGAUUGUCAAGAAUGUAUGAAGAAAUUUAUUUCAGCAAAUCAGCUGAAACGUCAUAUGAUCACCCAUUCAGAAAAACGACCCUAUAAUUGUGAGAUUUGUAAUAAAUCUUUCAAGAGGCUUGACCAAGUGGGAGCCCACAAAGUAAUCCACAGUGAAGACAAGCCUUACAAAUGCAAGCUUUGUGGCAAGGGAUUUGCUCACAGAAAUGUUUACAAGAAUCACAAGAAGACUCAUUCUGAAGAGAGACCAUUCCAGUGUGAUGAAUGUAAAGCUUUGUUCCGGACCCCGUUUUCUUUGCAGAGACACCUGCUAAUACAUAACAGUGAGAGGACCUUCAAGUGUCAUCACUGCGAUGCUACCUUUAAAAGGAAAGACACGUUGAAUGUGCAUGUCCAGGUAGUCCAUGAAAGACACAAGAAGUACAGGUGCGAGCUGUGUAAUAAGGCCUUUGUCACGCCGUCUGUGCUCAGAAGUCAUAAGAAAACACACACGGGAGAAAAGGAGAAAGUCUGCCCAUACUGUGGCCAGAAAUUUGCCAGCAGCGGGACCCUGCGAGUUCACAUCCGGAGCCACACAGGUGAGCGGCCCUAUCAGUGUCCUUACUGUGAAAAAGGAUUCAGUAAAAAUGAUGGACUCAAGAUGCACAUUCGUACACAUACCAGGGAGAAGCCGUACAAGUGCUCAGAGUGCAGCAAAGCCUUCAGCCAGAAGCGGGGCCUAGACGAGCACAAGAGGACCCAUACUGGAGAAAAGCCUUUCCAGUGUGAUGUUUGUGACUUGGCUUUUAGCCUGAAGAAAAUGCUGAUCCGACACAAGAUGACGCAUAAUCCCAAUCGUCCCCUGGCAGAAUGCCAGUUUUGCCAUAAGAAGUUUACAAGGAAUGACUACCUCAAAGUGCAUAUGGACAAUAUCCAUGGUGUAGCUGACAGCUAAUGGGAGCUGGAAAGGACUUAAGCCAUUCACAGGGGCACUAAUAGGAAUCCCAGCUUUUUCUCACUGGAUCAACAUAACAGAAAGAGCCAAAAGUACAUUAGUGGUCUCAUGUUCCUAUUUACUUACCAUCGGUGUCUAUGAAGCACAUAUUAAAAAAAAAAAAAAAAAAGAGAGAGAGAGAGAGCGUGAAAGAUAACAUCUUACUUUUACCAAGAAAUAACAUAAACAGAAAUAAUGUAGCCUUGCAAAACACUAUUUGUGUUUUAUUUUAUAAAAUGGAGAAAGGAAUUACGGUUCUCGUCUAUCUUCCUAUCAUGAAAUUUAUUGGCAUAUUUCCCCAUUAGGCCUUAUUUUAUUGUUAUUUUUGUACACAUAUAUAUCUGUGUGUAUAUGCGUAUGCAACACUUUCAAAGGCUGAUUAUUGCAGCUGCUUAUUACUAACUUCAAUAGAAGUUGCGAUAGCCAAGUAUUUCUUUGCAAAUAAGAGUAAAUAUUUUAACAGUCUCAACCAUGAUUAUUGUGAGAAAUACUUGCAUUUCUUGAGACAGACCAAGAGUCUGUCUUAUUUAAUAGUUCCAUACAACAAGUGAGUUAAAAAAGAGAUAUUUGAGAAUUAAAGCAUCUAUGAAAUUAUUUUUUUGUGUGAGAGAAUUCUCAGAAAUCAUUAUUUUACCCAUCAUUCUCAUGCAGAUAUUCAUGAUCUGGAAUACUUUUCUAAGAUCUACACAAAACUAACUGUAACAUUUAAAUAUUCAGCCAGCUGUCCCUCCUCAUGAGUUUCUGCUGUUCUCUUCAGAAAUGAAUGGCAUACAAGUAUACAGAGCUAAAAAUAGAAACAAAUAAUCUGGUCUCCGGAUUUGCUGGCAGAGUGGCAGGACAAUCAUGUAGCAUUGCCUCGUUAGUUGUGAUAAAUGUAGCCUUUACCCUCUCAUUCCAUCAAAGCACACAGUAGAUGUUGUGUAUGUGUGAUAGAACCCUCAGAAUGUUAACAUUCUGUUUUGUAAAAGUUGUUUUCCAUAAUCUUGGCAAUUGGUCAUUCUGAAACAGUUUUGAAUUGUCCUCAAUAAUCCUAUAUAAUUAGGAACUUAAUAUAAAAAAAUAAAAAUAUGGCAAUUGUUAUGAUUGAAAUUUUCAUUAAUCUGUGAGGAAAAUGAAAGCAAGAGCAUGAUUUCUUCCUUUAGAUUCUACUUCAGUAAAGUGCUUGACAGCAACAUAUGAUGAACAUCUUACUUAGGGAGAUAAUACAAUGCAAGAUUAUAGUGUUGUCAAAAUAAUCUACAGUUGCAAUGGCAAACCAUUUUAGAGCUUUCAAUGAUGAAAACAGCCUGCUGCAGCACCUAGGGAAAUCCAAAAGCCUGAAAAAGUUAAAAUGAAAUACAACUAUGAACCCCAUAAUUGGAACUUGCUGAAGAGAGAAGAACUACAGUUUUAAGUUAUUAUGGCAGGUUAAGGAGGAAAGGUAAGGUGCAAUUCUUUGACCUUACAAACUGCAUUUUAGAUUAUGUUGAUGCCCAGCUUUAGUUUCAAAAGAAACAUCAAGAUUUGAUAUAGAUGUAUUUAAAGCCUGUAAAAAUUCUAAAUUUGAAACUCAUCAGAACACUCUUUUAAAAAUAUAAAUUCUGAAAUUAUAAUUGAGAAGAUAUAUAAGUAUGGUUACAUAUCUACAUAGUAUUUUGUAUCUGAUAUCAGAGACUGUAUUUUAUAAAAAUAAAUUUUGGUCCUGUUUUGCACUAUUUUUUGUUUCAACAAUAUGUUUUUAGAUCAAAGUAUCUUCAGUUUAUCGUGAUAAAGAUUUUUAUAUCAUUUGAGUAUAAAAGGACUACUGUGAAAUAUCAUUUCAGCACACUCUGCUUAUUCUUUUAUCUUCUCUACUUGGCAUUCCUCAUGCCCUGAUUACAUAUCAAGUUGAAACUUUAAAGAAGGACUAGUGCCAAUCUUGGAUAAUCUCAGUGAGAGUCACAAUUCUUGGACUGCUGAGAACUUCCCUUAGAACUGUGGUGCUCAUCGCCAUGUUGCUUCAGAGUAAACUGACCAGGAGAGAGUGUAGGGUCUACCUGGCUGUGGGCUGAUGGACAGGGAAAACCUCGGAAGGGUAGAGGGCUACUGGACCACCACACUCCUCAAAAGACAGAUGCCAGAAGAAGUCCUCAGAAGGCAUCUCUAUGCUGUCACGUUUUAUCCAGAAGGUGAUUAUAAAUAGCUACAGGUGUAUUAGCUUUGGUGUGCUUUCGCUUUUGUGUUGUUCAUAAUAAUAGCGGAAAGUGUUUUUAGGCUUGACUGACAAAUCAGAAACAUAACUAGUCAUAGAUGAGUAGAUAAACUAGAAUGCAGGUACCCAUUUGAAAAGACGGCUUUGUUUUUUUUCUUGCUGUAAUCAGUUUUACCUCAGGUACUUUGUCUAGAAAAAGCCAAACUCGAUGCCUGUGGAGUUGUAAUUAAAUACUUCUAUGGGGCAUUCAAUAAUGUGUGUCAGUUCAGAUAUCUUUUUGAUAAAUGCUGUAUUUUUCUUACUGUAUUUAAGACAUUUGCCAUCCUGAGUUUCUUAUUUCAAA